CACUUUUCUGACAUCCCAAUUGACGCUGAGCACCGAUAUCGACCACACCUGCUACACCGGAGGCCCUCACAACCCACGCGAAAUACAACAUGACUUCUCGUCGAAGAGAUGUGAUAGAUCUGACCGAUCUGCUCGACUCUCCAGAGACCGCACCUCGGCCCAGACCUCGAGGCAAUGGUCACGACGGGAUCGACCUGCUCGACUACCCGCCUGCGUCGCAUAGAUCUUCGAAAGUCAACGCCUCGCAACGAUCUCAGCUCAACAUGUACCACGGCUACGCAACGCACUCUGGCCACGGCUCGCCACUCUCCUCCUCCUCGCGCCCGAACAUGCGCCUCUCGGAUUCACCCCUUCCUUCAUCACAACAAGCCUCUCAAUCGUCCCAGUCAUCACGAUCCUCCUUUUCUCACUCACACUACGCUCAACAGGACUCUGACAAGACCUUUGGCUCCAGUAUCCUACAGACCAAGCCCAAGAAGCCGACCACCGCCUCCUCCGCAUCCAGACGCUCUGCUGGCUCCAGAAUGGCGGACUACAUUCGCCCAAGUCAGGGCGCCUUCCAGAACCACUCCUCCGUUGACAGCCCAUUCAGUCAGCGUGCCCGCGCUCCGGCUCCAGCUCCCGCUCGCCGUGACGAGUAUGGCUACGACGAGCUAGGGUGGCCAAUCUACGCCAUGCCUGAGCAGCCCCAGAUCAAGCCUCUUCCACCCACGCCAGACGAAGAUGACGAUGGGGAGGAGCGUGAGGACUUUGACAUCAACAAUGCCCAGUUGACUGCUGAGGACUAUCAACGUCACCACGAUGCUGAGGAGCAGAUGCGCGAAUUGCUCGCUGGCGCAGUGGGCGACGGAGAGGAAGCCCACGGCGAGGAAGGUGACGACAUUAUCGAAGGCUUCGCCACCAACAUUAAACUCAUGCCGCACCAAGUACGCGGCGUUCGCUGGAUGCGCGAGCGCGAGUCAGGUCGCAAGCGUGGUGGCAUCCUCGCAGACGACAUGGGUCUCGGCAAGACGGUGCAAACACUAGCACGUAUUGUGGAGGGAAGACCCACCGACGGGGAGAAGCGCCUGUACAAAGGUGGUACUUUGAUUGUUUGUCCUCUCGCUGUGAUGGAGCAGUGGGCAACAGAGUGCCGAACCAAGACCAGAAAGGGUCUCCUCAAGGUCACCACCCACCACGGGACAAAGCGCGCUAAGAGCGGCGAUGAACUCGCCAAGUUUGAUGUCGUCAUCACGACAUUCCAGGUCCUUGCGUCCGAGAUGGCAAUGUUGAAGAAGACCAAGUCGAAGAGCGCGGGCAACACCAAGGGUGCAAACUCCAAAUCUGACACGAACUCGGAUUCGGAUAGCGACGUGCCAUUACCAAUCAAGAAGAGCCGCGCAAAGGCAAAGAAUGAGCGAGGCCCUGCGCUCUUCCAGCUGAAGUGGCUCCGCGUAGUCAUCGACGAGGCACAGAACAUUAAGAACCAUCGCACCAAGGCGGCGGAGUCCGCUUGCCUGCUGACAGCCAAGUAUCGCUGGUGUCUCACGGGCACACCCAUCCAGAACAAUGUUGAGGAGCUGUACUCUCUGUUCAAGUUUUUACGUGCCAAGCCGCUGGACAACUGGCAGAUUUUCCGCUCCCGAGUCUCCGCAGAGGUCAAGGACGGACGGUCUGGCAUUGCUAUGAAGCGCUUGCAUGUUAUCCUCAAGGCGAUCAUGCUGCGCCGAACCAAGACGGCCACCAUCGAUGGCAAGCCCAUCCUCAACCUGCCGGAGCGUAACGUUGAGGUGGUGGAGUGCGAAUUCGACUCGGAUGAGAGCGCGUUUUAUGCAGCACUGGAGGCCAAGACAGGCGUGGCUUUUAACAAAUUCGUCGACGCUGGUGCCGUCAUGGGCAACUACACGUCGGUCCUCACUCUUCUGCUUCGCAUGCGGCAAGCUUGCGACCAUCCGUCCCUGGUCACUAAAUCGAUUGGCGAUGACAAGGACGCCCUUGAUAUUGUUCCGGUCAACAAUGGCAGCGACCAUGGCGCUGCAGAGGCUGAUGACCUCGCUGACAUGUUCGCUGGGAUGGGAAUGGGCGGGCAGAAGAAGUGCGAUAUUUGUCUUACUGUCCUCACGAACCCCAUGGCCAAGCAGUGCUCGUCUUGUCAGAAGCUUGCGGCGAAGGCCAACGCGAAGACUGGCCGGCUACCACCGUCCAGCGCCAAGAUUCGUAUGAUUCUUAAACUCUUGGCUGAGAUCGACGAACGAGGCGCAAAGAAGCAAAAGACGAUCGUUUUCUCCCAGUUCACAAGCUUCCUCAACUUGGUGGAGCCAUUCCUCCAGAACGCGGGCAUCGCAUACGUGCGCUAUGACGGAUCAUUGAAGGCAGAAGAUCGCGAGGCUGUGUUGCACACUAUCCGCACCUCGAAGAGCACGCGGGUGAUUCUCAUCUCGUUCAAGGCAGGCUCGACUGGUCUCAAUUUGACAUGCUGCAACAAUGUCAUCCUCGCCGACAUGUGGUGGAAUCCAGCCCUUGAGGACCAGGCGUUUGAUCGCGCCCACCGACUUGGGCAGACGCUGGAUGUGAAUAUUUACAAGCUGACUAUCCCGGAGACAGUUGAGGACCGCAUUCUUGCACUCCAAAACCAGAAGCGUGAGCUUGCCGAGGCCGCACUUUCGGGCACGGGCGUGAAGAAUAUGAAGCUUACGAUGGGCGAUAUCAUGGACCUGUUCAAACGGACAGCACGCGACACUCCUCAUGACGAUAAUAACUCGUGAUGCGCAUGUGGUCAUUUCAUAUAGACUAGUGGAUCAUGGCAUGUUCGGCCGCGCCUGGAAGCGAUGGCAAUGGAAAUGGAAAUGGCAACGGCAAUGGAACGAUGGAAUGGAAGUGGUGC